UAUAACCCGAAUAAUCAAUGAAUUAGUGUGAUCGAUGGCUAACGGAAAGAAAUGGGAUUAUCUACCCUAAUAUUAUGGCUGCGGAGAAUCUCUUCCUCUUUAACAUAUUGGUUAAUAUUUAGCAAAAAGGUUAAAUGUGCCACGAAAGAAUCGAAAAAUCCCCGACUCACCGCACCGGCUACAGUGAAAAAACACGAAUUGGCCAUGUGACAUUCAGUGAUUACGGCUAUUUGAAUCGUAUAGCCAAUAUAUGCUCGCUAACUGUAGUUCAGCGUCAGCACAUAUCAACAAGAAAAGAACAAGUUACAGUGCCUAGUCAGUGCAUCACGAAUUUUGGAUUAGUUCAACUUAACUUAUAAAGUCAUGAUCUAUGUGAAGUUGGCUUUUGUAAUUUUAAUGAAUAUUUUAUUAUCUAUAAUAGCUCAUCAAGAAGAGAACCUUUCAACACAAAGCACGUUGUUUGUAAAAGACAUCCCCAAGGGAUAUUUUAGUCGAUCAAACCUACAAGAUUGUCCUAUACGUUUUCAUCGCCGACCAACGCAACCAAUAUGUGUGGUAUUCGGUGGAACUCGAGCUAAUGCUACUGAGUUCCCACACUUUGCCGUAAUUGGGUGGAUGGAACAAGCUCAAAUCAGUUGGAAAUGUGGUGGAUCCUUGAUUACGAGAAGAUUUGUGCUAACGGCUGCGCAUUGUGCUUUAGACAAGAACAAUGAAGCUCCAUCGGUGGUACGGUUGGGUGAUGUCGAUCUUCAAUCCAGCGAGGACGAUGAAUACGCGCAACAGGUAAACAUUUCGCGGUUUAUCAGACAUCCCAAGCAUCGCUUUUCUGCCAAGUACUACGAUAUAGCGUUGAUACAGCUGGAACAGGAAGUCAAGUUCUGGUUUGUUCAAUCGCAAACCUGCCUAUCUCCGAUGAAAGAUAAGACCACAAAUGUCUUAUGUCCUAAUUUUAGGCUUAGAUAUUAGAUUCAUCGAUUAUCUCAGAAAUGCAAUUAGAUUAGCUAAAAAGGCACAUAUUUAUACAGUAAUAACG